CAAUGUCGGUGAUGGUGGGCGUGGAGUUGCACAAUUAGAAGGAGCACGCAUGUUGCUGAUGCGUGCAUAGGCAUAGGUCUCGUGCAAUGGCCGACUCGGAUCUUUCGUUUAUCCCUGCACUAUAUACACCCUCAGCACUACUCCCCAUCGCUCGUCAUCGCCAGAGUUUGUUGUACACAAUCGAGACACAUCAGGUGACGGUCAUCAUUGGUCAGACGGGUAGUGGGAAAACUACUCAACUUCCUCAGUUCCUUGAUCAAGCAGGAUGGUCCUCGGGUGGAAAAUGUAUCGCCAUCACACAGGUGGCCACGGAGAGUCGCCGUCACCACGGUUGCCGCUAGAGUGGCAGAAGAAAUGAAAUGUCAACUAGGCGAUGCGGUCGGUUACUCCAUUCGAUUCGAAGAUGUAACCUCGGCCAAAACAAGGAUCAAAUUUUUGACUGAUGGCAUGUUGUUGCGCGAAGCUCUUGUUGACCCUUUGUUGUCAAGAUAUUCCGUCAUCAUGGUUGAUGAGGCUCACGAAAGAUCACUCAGCUCCGACAUCCUCGUUGGCUUACUAAAAAAGAUCAUGAAGCGCCGGCCAGAAUUGAAAAUCAUAAUCAGCAGUGCAACUCUUGAUGCUGACCGUUUCGCCGAGUUUUUCAAGGGUACAGACUCCUCUGAUGAGCAUGUUCGCAUCGUCAGUAUUGAAGGUCGCUCUCAUCCCGUUGAUAUCAUGUUUCUCGAUCAACCAACAGAUAACUAUGUCGAGCAAGCUGUUCAAACUGCUUUCAAGAUUCACCAACAAGAAGCCCCAGGUGAUAUAUUAGUCUUUUUAACUGGCCGAGAUGAGAUUGAGACAUCGAUGGAGCAGCUCUCAGACCUUGCCGCUACUCUUCCGCCCCAAUCACAGGCCAUUCAACCACUUCCACUAUACGCAGGUCUCAGCACCGAUGAGCAGAUGUACGUCUUCUCCGAGGCAGCAGAGAACACCAGAAAAGUCAUACUCAGCACCAAUAUUGCCGAAGCGUCGGUCACCAUUCCUGGAAUCGUCUAUGUCAUCGAUUGUGGCUUCGUCAAGCUGCGAUCUUUCAACCCAGAAACCAAUAUCGAAACUCUCACCGCGUUUCCCACAUCGAAGGCUUCGGCCAUCCAACGCACGGGUCGAGCCGGAAGGACUCGACCAGGCAAAUGCUUCCGUCUUUACACCCAACAAGCCUACAGAUCAUUGCCGGAUACCACCGCCCCAGAAAUCCAACGCUCGAAUCUCGCCCCGAUCGUGCUACAGCUCAAAGCUCUAGGUAUUGAUAACAUCGUGCGCUUCGACUUUCUCUCCCCACCGCCUUCUCAGCUCCUGGUUCGAGCCUUUGAUCUCCUUUACUCCCUGGGAGCUGUGGAUGACUACGCCAAACUCACAAUUCCGCUCGGUACCCGGAUGUCCGAACUCUCCAUUCCUCCCAUGAUGGCCAAAUCCCUGCUGGCAUCCUCGGACCCCAAAUUUGCGUGCCAAGCCGAAAUAUUGAGCAUCGCUGCCAUGACCUCGCUCCAGGGGAAUAUCUGGUUUCACCAUAGCGGCGAAAAGAAAGCCAUGGAGCUCUCACGACGAAAGUUCGCCGUCGAAGAAGGUGACCAUUUGACCUAUCUAAAUGUCUAUCAAGCUUUCGUUACCAAGGGCCGAAAAGAGGCCAAAUGGUGUCAUGAGAAUCACCUUAAUUUCCAAUCCAUGACUCGCGCGGUCAGCAUUCGCAAUCAACUGCGUCGCUAUCUUGAGCGGCUUGGGGUCAAAAUUGAAGAUCCGUCCUUGGUUCCAUCUACUGUACCAUCUCACCAUUCAGGCGUUGGUACGAACGGAGCUCUUUCUCAAGCAUCUUCUCGCGAUAGGACUCUCAACAUUCUGAAGUGCCUCACCACCGGCUUCUUCUCCCACGCGGCUAAGAUGCAGCCAGAUGGUUCCUUUAAGACAGUGUCUGGAGGUGUGACGAUGCAUGCGCACCCUACGAGUUUGAUGUUCAAUCGUAAGGCUGACUAUGUGGUAUUCCAUGAAUUGUUGGAAAGCCGGGAAAAAAUCUUCAUCAAGGACAUCAGUAAAGUGGAGAAGAGCUGGCUGGUAGACUAUGGAGGCGGCUUUUACAUGCUGAAAAGUUAGCGAGCGUCCGAGAAUGCGCCUUGCAUGACUUUAAUACUUGGCAGGCGAGUCGUGCGACGUGGACCAAGUCAGAGGCUGAGUAAGACAGUGCUUGAGAGUCUCUUGGCUGACAGGACCAUCAUCUCCCUAUUGUAAUAUCAUAUUCCACGUACUAU